CACGCGCCGCCCCGCCCCCGCAGCCCGCCCACAGCCCGCCCGCAGCCAAUCCCCGGCCUCUCCGAGGACUCGGCACCGGAAGACACCGCGCGGCCCCGGAAGUGACGCCCCGGCGUGCUGACGCGCGGGCUCGAGCCAAGGCCGAUUCCGCGCCCGCCAUGGCCGACAAAAUGGACAUGUCUCUGGACGACAUCAUUAAGCUGAACCGGAGCCAGCGAGGCGGCCGCGGCGGAGGCCGGGGCCGCGGCAGGGCCGGCUCCCAGGGCGGCCGCGGCGGCGGGGCGCAGGCCGCCGCGCGAGUGAACCGAGGCGGCGGGCCCAUCCGGAACCGGCCGGCCAUCGCUCGAGGCGCGGCGGGCGGCGGCGGCAGGAACCGGCCGGCGCCCUACAGCAGGCCGAAACAACUUCCUGACAAGUGGCAACACGACCUUUUCGACAGCGGUUUCGGGGGCGGCGCAGGCGUCGAGACGGGUGGGAAACUGCUGGUGUCAAAUCUGGAUUUUGGAGUAUCGGACGCUGAUAUUCAGGAGCUCUUCGCUGAGUUCGGAACUCUGAAGAAGGCGGCCGUACACUACGAUCGCUCAGGGCGCAGUUUAGGAACAGCUGAUGUGCACUUUGAACGGAAGGCAGAUGCCCUGAAGGCGAUGAAGCAGUACAACGGCGUCCCCCUGGAUGGCCGCCCCAUGAACAUUCAGCUCGUCACGUCACAGAUUGACACACAGCGGAGACCCGCACAGAGCGUAAACAGAGGCGGGAUGACCAGAAACCGCGGUUCCGGAGGCUUCGGGGGCGGUGGCGGCACCCGGAGAGGCGCUCGCGGAGGAAGCCGGGGCAGGGGCAGAGGCACCGGCAGGAGUUCGAAGCAGCAGCUCUCCGCCGAGGAGUUGGACGCCCAGCUGGACGCUUAUAACGCCAGAAUGGACACCAGUUAAACAGACCGGCAGAUCCUCGAGCGGAGCAGGACCCGGACGUCCCCUCGGUGCUCCCUGGCGGGAGGGGGGUGGAGGACCGGGGCUGUGCAGCCAAUGACGGAUUUGUUUCUUUUAUGUUUUAAAAUAGGAUUUAAAAACUCAUGUAAAGGUUUUUUGUUCUUUUUUCUUUUUUUUUUUCUUUUUUUUUUCUUUUUUUUUUUCUUUUUUUUUUUUUUAAAUUCUGAAACAGACCUGUUUUGUACCGAGUUAUUUUUGGGAUAAAUUUUACCGGUUGCUGUUGUGGAGAAGGUGGCGUUUUCACCUUUGCCAUAAUAAAAUAGAAACGUGUGUAGAACUGGAA